CUGUGCGAGUGGUUUGCUAGGCGCUGGCGCCGUGCUGCUGGAGCUGGUGGUGCUUCCGGCGCUGGAGGUUCUGCUGCGGCUGGAGAUCCUUCUGCUGCUGGGGCUGCUGGGGGUUCUGGAGCCACGGGUCCCGGAGGUGCUCGUACUGGAGGUACUGGAGCUGCCGGGCCUGGUGGUGCUACUGGACCUGGAGCUGCUGGCGGUGCUGGAGCUAGCGGUGCUGCUGGAGUAGGUGCUGCUGGAGGUACUGGAGCUGGAGCUGCUUCGUCUUCCGGUGGUCCUGCUGGAGCUGGAGCUGCUGGCGGUGCUGGAGCUGGGGGUGCUGCUAGAGGUGCAGCUGGAGGUGCUGGAGCUGGAGGUGCUGCUGGAGCUCGCGCUACUGGAGCAGCUGGUGGAGCUGCUGGAGCUGUUGGAGCUGACGCUGGGGGUGCUGGUGCUGUCCCUGCUGGUUUUGGAGGUGCUGCGCGGCCACGGCCGUACUUCAUUCCGCUCCUUGAGCAGGUUCUUGGUCUUCCGCCCUCUACUGGUCCUGCUCCUCCCUUAGAGUGUCCACCGCCUGUCCAGUCCGAGUCACAGUUACAGCCCACCUCCCCACUGCCUGCUCCUUCUCCCUACACUGGUCCUACUGGAGGUCUUGCUGAGCGUCGUGAGCCUGCGUCUCGUCCUGCGUCGCCUGUUCGUGCUGCUCGCACUGGUCGUCGUGUUCCGUGUCAGCGUCCUCCUGCGGUCCCAGGCACGCACCAGAUGGCACUGCGUCCUUCCACUGCUCCACUGCGUGUCCCUUUGCCGUCUCCUCCGGAGUCCUCUCUUCCUGCUCUUGCUGACCCGGAGUCUGACUCCCUUCGUGCUGCCAGCCCUACUGUCACGCGUCUCCUCGCUACUGUUGUCACUGACCCUUCCUUUGAGUCCACUGCUGCGUCUGCCUUAGUUGCUGAGCUUGUCGACUUCGCUGCUCACUGUCGUCUAGACUACGCCGCUAGUCUUGUUGCUGAGUCUGAGUCUUGUUUUGCUGCUACUUUACCUCAUCUCGUGUCCAUGCUGAUUGCACCUGAGGGAGACCCGGAUGCACCAGACAUCCCGACUCCGCGCUCUUACGCAGAGGCGAUAGAGGGUCCUUACUUCUCUCAGUGGCAGUCAGCCAUGGACGCAGAGAUGGCUUCCUGGAAGUCCACAGGCACCUACGUCGACGAGGUUCCCCCACCUGGGGCGAACAUCGUCAGUGGCAUGUGGAUUUUCAGGGUGAAGCGGCCGCCGGGUUCUCCGCCUGUCUUCAAGGCGCCUUACGUGGCUCGAGGCUUCAGUCAGCGGCAGGGAGUUGACUACUUUCAGACCUUCUCUCCCACCCCGAAGAUGACCACUCUUUGGGUGCUGCUGCACAUAGCCGCUCAGCGCGACCACGAGCUUCACUCUCUUGACUUCAGCACUGCUUUCCUACAGGGCAGCCUGCACGAGGAGAUCUGGCUGCGCCGCCCACCUAGCUUCACUGGGUCGUUUCCUCUUGGUACCCAGUGGAGCCUCCGGCGGCCACUCUACGGUCUCCGCCAGGCGCCACGUGAGUGGCACGACACACUGAGGACUACUCUUGCGGCUCUUGGGUUUGCUCCUUCUACUGCCGACCCGUCACUGUUUCUACGCACCGACACCUCUUUGCCGUCGUUCUACAUCCUUGUGUACGUCGACGACUUGGUCUUUGCUACUGCUGACACUGCUGGACUCGCCCACGUGAAGUCCGAGCUGCAGAAGAGACACACGUGCACAGACCUGGGUGAGCUGCGCAGCUACCUUGGCUUGCAGAUCAUCCGGGACAGAGCACAGCGCACCAUUACCCUGACUCAGUCACACAUGGCGCAGCAGGUCCUUCAGCGCUUCGACUUCACGUACUCCUGGCCUCAGGCCACUCCUCUGUCUACUCGCCACUCGCUCUCAGCUCUGCCUUCGGAUGAGUCCGUAGAGCCGAGUGGCCCACCUGAGCACAUGGCUGCAGCGAAGAAGGUGUUGCGCUACUUGUGCAGUACGUCGGGCAUGGGGCUUGUGCUUGGAGGGCGGAGUGCAGUGGUCCUCACAGGUGACGCAGACGCUUCUUGGGCUGACGACCAGGCUACGCAGCGGUCGUCACAGGGUUACACCUUCAGCCUUGGUUCCGGCUCUGUUUCGUGGCGGUCUACCCGCUCGUCUUCUGUUCUCGGCUCCAGCUGUGAGGCUGAGAUCUACGCAGGGGCCAUGGCUGCACAGGAGUUACGCUGGCUCACCUACCUGCUGACCGACCUAGGAGAGCCGCCUCGUUCUCCUCCAGUUCUGUACGUAGACAACAAGGCCAUGCUGGCCUUGUGUCGGGAGCACAGACUGGAGCACAGGACGAAGCACAUUGCUCUUCGCUACUUCCUUGCUCGUGAGCUGCAGCAGCGUGGUCAGCUGCGCCUUGCUUACGUGGCCUCUCGGGCCAACACUGCUGAUAUCUUUACCAAGGCACUUCAGCCUUGUGAUCAUCAGCGCUUUUGUACGAUGCUAGGUCUUGUGCCUACUUGGCCUCACUUGCUCACUUCUUGA